AUGACCCGCCCACUUCGUUCACAGCCAAUGAGAAAAGGCGUCCGCGGGAGGCCGCUGUACGGCGAAGCUACUUCCGGGGAGGGAGUGGAAGCGGAAAGGGAGGAGUUCUCGAAGCUUCUGAAGGCGUGGGCAGCACCGUCCCAGUCCUUGCGACUCAGCCUGUUAGGGCCCGCAGCCAUGCUGAAGUGCGGGAUGAGCGGCAGUCAGGUUAAAGUAUUUGGGAAAGCAAUCCAAGCUCUAUCAAGAAUUAGUGAUGAGCUGUGGCUAGACCCAUCUGAAAAAGGUCUUGCUUUAAGGUCUGUGAAUUCUUGUCGCUCAGCAUAUGGAUGUGUUCUCUUCUCUCCUGUGUUUUUCCAACAUUAUCAUUGGUCAACCUCAGUAGAAAUGAAUGGCACAAAAUCAAAUUUAAAUUGCAAGUUGGGAAUGAAGUCAAUUCUGCCCAUAUUCAGAUGUCUGAAUUCCCUCGAAAGAAAUGUAGAGAUGUGUAAAAUAUUCACCAGAUCUGAUAAAUGCAAAGUAGUCAUUCAAUUAUUCUGCAGACAUGGUAUUAAAAAGACUCACAAUGUGUGUUUUCAAGAAAGUCAGCCUUUGCAAGUUCUUUUUGAAAAGAAUACAUGUAGUAAUAUACUAAUGAUUCAGCCAAGAGUGCUUGCUGAGGCAAUUGUUCUUUUCACAUCAAGUCAAGAGGAAGUUACUCUUGCAGUUACUCCACUGGAAGUUUGCAUUAAGAGUUCUACUGAGGAAUCAAUGGAUUUGAACAGUUCUGUAUACAGUGAGAUGUUUGUGGGUCCACAUGAGUUUGAGUUCUUUCAAAUUGGGGUUGACACUGAAAUAACAUUUUGCUGCAAAGAACUGAAGGGAAUGCUGAUGUUUUCGGAAGCUACACAUGCUCCUAUAACCAUGCAUUUUGAUUUUCCUGGGAAACCUUUGGCUUUAAGUAUUGACCAUAUGCUAUUGGAAGCUAACUUUAUUUUGGCUACAUUAGCCGAUGAGCCAAGUAGAGCAUCUUCUCCGCAAUCAUUGUGUCUGUCACAAAAACGAAAAAGGUCAGAUCUGGCAGUUUCAAAUUCAAAGAUUGGUAAAAAAGAUAACAAGGCCAUGGAGUCUAUCUCAAGAAAAGUAGCACCCAGAAACCUUUAUGCCGAUGAGAUUCUCUCAAACAUCUCUGCAUUGGAAAAUUCUGGCAGUCCUAUAAUGAAAAGAGUGAACAGUGACACAGAGGAAGAGCCAGGGUCUUCAUCUCUCAGGAAGUUUACUUGCAAUUUCUUUAGAGCAGUUUCUUCUGACCAGGGAGAACACUGCUACAACCCUUUCAACAGUCUGGCAACAGCAAGUGACAGUGAAGAGGAAAUGAAUAAUAGCAGUUUUUACAUAUUCUAA